AUGGUGGUGUUCUUGGAAACUAGGGUUUUGAGUGUAGGGUCGCGUGCGCUUGCGAAGGUGGGUUGCACGUCCUUCUCUUUGGUCCCAAUAUGUGCGGUGGAGGAGAGAGAUGCUCUCUACAUUAUAGUAGAAAUAGAUGACAUGGAGUGUCAAGAUGAAGCCCACGUGUCAAAAAGUGCUUUGUGUAGGAAAUAA